AUGCAUGCAGAUGGCCUCGCUCUUUAUUCGAAUAGUAUUGAUGAUGUUGAAGUUUUUUUCACUGAUACCAACCUAAUACGAAGAACGAAGAAUGGUACUAACACAGAUAUUGCAGGAAGUUUGACAAGUGGUUAUAGUGGUGAUGGAGGAUUGGCAAUUAAUGCACUGUUGGCUACCUCAAUGGGAGUUACCAUCUCUCCUAAUCGUGAAAUUUACAUUGCAGAUACUGGCAAUAGCGUUAUUAGAAAGAUAAAUAGUACUGGCUACAUUCAUACUAUUGCAGGAACGGGAACAUCUGGACACAGUGGUGAUGGAGGGUUAGCAGUAAAUGCCAAACUCUUUCACCCUAGGACAGUUACAGUCACCUCAGAAGGUGAAAUUUUAAUUGCAGAUACAAGUAACCAUGUUAUUCGAAAGAUUACAAAAGAUGGGUAUAUUUUUACAAUAGCAGGUAAACCUAGCACUUCUGGUUAUGGUGGCGAUGGUGGAUUGGCAAAGGAUGCCUUAUUAUCGUCUCCCCAGUGUGUUAGAAUAAGCCCAAGUGGUGACAUUUUUAUUGUUGAGUAUGGGGGUGCUAGAAUUCGUAAAAUUAAUUCUAAAGGAAUAAUCUCUACAUUUCUAGGUACAGGACAACAGAAGUUAAGUGGUGAUGGGUUAAUAACAAACCAAACAACAUUGAAUUACCCAGUUGCUAUUGCUUUUGGAUUGAAUGGAAUUAUUUAUUUUGCAGAAUCUGGAGGACUUAGAAAACUAACACCGAUUUGUGUGGAAGGAAGUAUUCUAAUGGAGAAUGGAUUGUGUGAAUAUCAGUGUUUUGGAUAUACUAAUCUUAAUUCGAGCAUUGUUUGUUCAGGUAAAGGUGAAUGCAUUUCAUUUAAUGUAUGUGAAUGUAAGGAGAAUUAUUAUGGUAGUAGUUGUGAGAAGUUCAAAUGUUUUAAUGUUGAAAACAAUAGCUCGAAUGUUUGUUCAUCUCAUGGAAUGUGUGUAUCUCAUAAUAAUUGCUCUUGUAUUGAAGGAUAUCAUGGUUUGAAUUGUGAUUUAUUUGAAUGUAAUGGAAUACCUUCAAAUGAUUCAAAAGUUUGUUCAGGAAAAGGAAAUUGUACUUUAUUUAAUCAAUGUUUAUGUGAAUUGGGUUAUUUGGGAAAUGACUGUCAACAAUUCUAUUGUAAUUCCAUUCUUAAUGAUAAUUCAAGUGUUUGCUCUUCAAAGGGACUUUGUCUUUCACCAAAUAAUUGUUCAUGUUUUGACAAUUUUAGAGGAGAUAAUUGUGAAAUGUAUGAUUGUUAUGGUGUUGCAAGAAAUGAUUCGAGUGUCUGCUCCUCUCAUGGUAUAUGUACUUCUUUUAAUAAUUGUUCAUGUCAAGUAGGAUAUUAUGGAAAUAAUUGUGAAUUAACAUCAUGUUUUGGUGUUGAGAAAGUAAGCUCACAUGUUUGUAAUGGAAAUGGAACUUGUGCAUCAUUUGACAUGUGCAAUUGCUUUGACAAUAGCAGAUGGUUUGGAAAAAAUUGUAAUUUGACUUAUUGCUUUGGUAACUCAUCUGAUGAUGUCAAUGUUUGUAAUUCGCAUGGAGAUUGUUUAAAUUAUGACAUUUGUCACUGUAGACCUCACUAUAUUGGUAAUCAGUGUCAAUUCAGAUUCAAUUCUCAACAAAUGAAUUUUACAUUCAAUAGUUCAAUUGAUUAUUUGGAAGAUAUCACGACAAUUUUACUUCUCUCCAUUCAAGAUUUACAAUUUAUUGAUUAUUAUUCAAGAAAGAAGAUUGAUUUCAAUGUCACUUUCUUUCUUAAUAACCAAUUUUUAUGGAAUCAAGUUACACAAGAAGAAUUGCGUUCACCUUUAAGUUUCUCGCUUCCAUCUUCUCUUUCUAAUGGUUCUCUAUUGGCUUCAAUUACUUUGAGUUUUAAUUCAACUUUAAUUUCAUUAGAAACUGUCACAUUAUCUCCUCUAUUAAUAAUCCGAAAAGAGAAAGCAUCAGUAUCAAAUUCAAUUCCUUUACCAAAGACAUCCAUUUCACAACCGAAAAAGGAUAACGAAGCAAUUUCUUCCACAUCUGAAAACACUACUGGAAUAAUUGUUGUUGCUGUUGUUGUACCAGUGGUCACUUUAGGUGCUUUAGGCGUGGGAAUCGCUGUUAUUGUGUUAGUUGUUAUUUUAAUGAAGAAGAAAGCAGCCACAAGCAUGGUCGCAAAUACUAAUAAUUUUGAAAUGAAGUGA